AUGACAUCAUUUGCAGCCGUGGCAGGCGCCCUGAUAGCCCUGUCUUCACUCUUCCCGGCCGUCUACGCGACCGCCUGUGAUUUUGAUGGCGGCUACGCGCUGCGCAAUCCGACUGGCUGUCCCAGCAACACGACCGAGUGUGGUGGAGGGCAGGAGGCUCGAUGCUGUCCUGACUCGCUCCACUGUUGGGAGAACAGCUCGGCGUACUGUUGUCCUAGCGAGGACGUGGACUGCUGGGACGACCUCCAGAAUGUGCCACAGUGUCCCCUGACAGACUGGACCAUGUGGGCGACUGGCAGUGCCGUCAACGGGUCCUGGUGCUGUGAGAGCGACGAAUUUGGCGUGUCCAUUUCCGGCCAGGGCGUUGGCUGCACCGACUACGGCUCGACCCUGGCCCCGGGCGAGACAACCGCGACCCAGAUCACGACCGCCUCGACCAAAUGCACGACCGUGUCGGCCUCGACUGCCACCGGGCUCACGGCCUCCACGUCGUCGUCAGCCCGGCCUGGCUCCACAACGAGCUCGAGCCAGGGCACGGCCACGGCCACAGCAGCUGGCACGAUCGGCAGCAAGAAGUCGUCCGGCAGCUCUAUCAGCGGUGGUGCCAUUGCGGGCAUCGUUGUGGGCGUCGUUGUGGGCAUCGUCCUCGUCCUCGUGGCUGCCUGGGCCGUGUGGAGGCGGAAGCGGAGACAGGCGCCCUACCAGCCUGAGGAGGCCGUCGUUGCUGCUACCAACACCCCCGGAAACGCCCCUUCGCCCAUGUCCCCUGCCCCGGUCGGGAGUCCCCCCGUCGAGCUGAAGGGCACGCCUCACCCAGACGAAACCCCAGAUGCUGCCGAGCUGAAAGGAACACCCCAUCCAGACGAUCAUGCUGCUGCUGCCGAGCUGGGCGGCGCUACUCACCCCAACGAGUAUCCGGCUCCGGUCGAACUCCCGGCUGGCGACAUUGCGGAAUUGCCAGCCGAAUACCACCGUUGA